GAUGGUAAAUAAUGCAUUAAAUAUCCAAUUAAAGGCCCAAGAAAGUACAAGAAAGUCGCCUCAAGCUAACCUUUGGCCACACUCAAUAAGGCGUGAUCCAAAAUGAGAGCAUACGCUCCCAUGAGGAAAUCCCCCAGGGCCCCUAAUAUAAGUGUAACAAUUGAUAUCGUCAAAAUGGCAUUUGCUCGUCGGCUCGGGCAAUGCUAGGCUGCUUUCCAUUUCUUGAUGAUAAUGAUAAGUUGGUAGGAAGCUUGAAUGAGCAUUACCAACGACUGCCGAGGACGUCGUCUCGAGAGGCGCCUUCGUUCCAUUGAAUGCUGGCUCGCAAAACUCCUCAAGAGCGAGGAGGCCAGAAUCGAAAUUUGUCGGCGGAAACCUGCUGGUUCGGUCCAUCUCCUCCCGACGACCUUCCUCAUAUGUCCGUCCACGUUCAUACGGGGAGAAGACACUUCAUACAUAGUACUAAAUUGCUCGUCGUAGUGAAGUAAGUGCGUGUGUGUCUCUGUGUACCAUGGACCAUUUCAUGUACAUACGUAGUACCUGGCGGGCUUGCAAUUGUCUGCAGAGAUCUUUUGUCCUUUAAAUAAGACCAAUUUUCCACAAGGGAGAACUUGUCGCCAGACAGGGUACCUCCGCUCGGAUUCAAGUGACUGUGGUCAUUAAUAAUGCAUAACCUAGAGCCAGGUAUGACCGGUAGAGCGGUCAAAUUACUCAUCCACAUAUUUAAAAAAACGUCAACCGCAAGAAUGCUAACACGGCUUAUUGUUCAAGAGGAUCGGGAUCCAUCCUGGCGCGAGUUCCACUACCUGUGAGAAAAUUCAAGUGGUGUGUUCCAAUUUCUGCUCUCAGUUUGAGCCAGGUGUACCAGUCACACACCAGGUCCUUAAUUUGGAACAACAUUUCAAGAACCUUUCGAGCAACGAGAGGUGAAUAAUUAAACAGAUUUCCUCAUCGAUUUUGAUCUACAACAUUCUGAGGAGGCGCCCCGUUGCCAAGAAGGCACAGGCUCAAAGCAACAGGAAGCAUCCAUCUCCCAAAUCAAGUGGUCCCAAUGGCUGGAACAUCCAUGGCUCAAGGAGAGAUGCCUUGGAUUGCCAUCAAUUAGCAAACUCGGUCAGGCCAACGUUGUUCAGAAUUGAAGCAUCUAGUGUCCUUGAAGAGGAAAAUCAGCAAUGGGAAUACGUGAGGUCAUCAAUAUUCAUGUCGGCCAGGCCGGUUGCCAAAUGGGCAAUGCGGCUUGGGAGCUCUACUGUCUCGAGCAUGGGAUCUAUCCCGAUGGGUCCCUGCCUUCCGACGACUCCAUAGGGAUCGGGGAUGACUCGUUCAACACGUUCUUCUCAGAGACCAGCUCCGGGAAACACGUUCCACGAGCCGUGUUUGUGGACCUCGAACCGACCGUCAUUGACGAGAUCAAGACCGGCACUUACAAGCAGCUCUUCAACCCGUCCUACAUGAUCAUGGGCAAAGAGGAUGCGGCUAAUAAUUACGCCAGAGGACACUACACCAUUGGCAAGGAACAAAUCGGAGUGACCGUCGACAAGAUCCGCUCCAUCGCGGAGCAAUGCUUGAGUUUACAGGGUUUCAUCGUUUUUCACGCCUUCGGCGGCGGCACGGGCUCUGGGUUCACAUCCUUAAUGAUGGAUCAACUGGCAGUGGAAUAUGGAAAGAAGGCCAAAUUGGAGUUUGUCAUCUACCCAGCUCCCCAUAUGGCACCCGCCAUUGUGGAGCCUUACAAUGCUAUCCUCACCACCCACACGAGUCUAGAGAACACGAACGUAUCGUUUCUCGUCGACAAUCAGGCCAUCUACGAGCUGUGUCUCCGGAGCUUGGGCGUGCCCAGACCCACCUACACCAACCUGAAUCGGAUCAUAGCUCAAAUCGUGUCCUCGAUCACGGCUUCCCUCCGAUUCGAUGGUGCUCUCAACGUGGAUCUGAGCGAGUUCCAACACAACCUGGUGCCCUAUCCUCGGAUCCAUUUCCCUCUCGUGACCUACGCUCCGAUUCUCUCGGCGGACAAGGCCUAUCACGAGAAGAGCUCCAUCGAGGAGAUCACCACAGCCUGUUUCGAGCCGGGCAAUCAAAUGGUCAAAUGUGACCCUCGCAACGGCAAAUAUAUGGCCAUUUGCCUCCUAUACCGGGGGGACGUGGUCCCUCGGGACGUGAAUGCAGCCAUCGCCAAGAUUAAGAAGCAGCGAACCAUUCAAUUUGUGGACUGGUGUCCGACGGGAUUCAAGGUUGGGAUCAACUACCAACCCCCCACUGUGGUUCCGGGAGGCGAUCUGGCCAAAGUCCCUCGGGCCGUGUGUGCUCUGACUAACACCACUGCGGUUUGCGAGGCCUGGGCCCGAUUGGACCAUAAGUUCGAUCUGAUGUAUGCCAAACGGGCAUUUGUCCAUUGGUACGUGGGCGAGGGCAUGGAAGAGGGCGAGUUCACCGAGGCUCGGGAGGACAUUGCGGCCUUGGAAUUGGACUACCAAGAAGUGACGGAAGAAAGCCCUUCGUUCGAAGACGAUUACGCGCCCCAAUAGUGACUAGUACAUGUUAAUAGAGAUGUCGUCAUCAGGAUCAAGAGUAACGAAUAAAACGGAAAAGCAUUACAACAUUGUGUCUAGCAUGCCAAAGUAAACAAUUG